UGGCCGGACCAGGCUCCUCCUGUGUCUUUAUUUUUAUUUUUUAUUUUUUCAAGUCAACAAAUCCCGAGUUGCUUGCGAUCGCGAGGAACAGAGAGAGACCAGACCAUCUCUGACCUACGCCGAGAGACCUGCGAAACACUGGCCGGCACCAUGGCGCCCGGGCAGAAGAUGUACCCCAGGGCAACGGUGAAGAAGAUCGUCAAAGCCCAUUCCAAGUGCAAUGUGAGCAAGAACGUCGAUGUCAUGAUCUUCCUCGACUACGUACUCUUCAUGCAAACGUAGGGUUGGGCCCCGUCUGCGGAGACGCGGAUUCGCACGCAAGAUGGGAGCAGAGGACUGACGAGAUGCAGGCUGAUGAAGGAGGCGGCCAUCGACGCGAAACAAGCCGGCGAGAGGGGUAUAGGAGCCAGAAGCGUCAAGAAAGCCACCGCAGACACUCUGGCUAAAUUCAAGGGAUGAAACAUGCUUGCCUCCAUACCUACAUGACGGCGCAGGGCCUCGACUGUAGCGCCCGCACUGCGCAUAUGCGGCUUGCUUACCACUGCUCGAGUGAGGGGCGGAGGUAUUUGGGGUUGUGGCCGUAUUGAUCCUAGUGCAUCGUCGUGCUCUUAGCAUAGAAUAGGACAAGCAAGGCACAUCGGGUUUAGGGGUGGGUGGCCGUAUGUAUGUCAGCGGAGGGGAUUCGACCGGUCGUGUCAAGCAUACCACAGAGGCAUAGAUACGAGGAAGAGGAGGGACUGCUUACGGUUCUUCUCGUUGGGCGAUGGAUAAGAUACGAAGGGGAUCGAAUCGAGGGGAAGACU